AUGUAUUUACUUGACAGAAUCCGGUCCUCUGAGUAUGAUCUUAAAAUCAUUGGAAAAUGCUUCAGCUGAGAAAAUCUUUUUGGACAAGAAAGCAAAGAAUACACCACCUUUUCUCUUGAGCUCAGCCCUAUAAAUUCAACUCUGGAAGAAUUAAUUCAGAAAAUGUUACUAUUUUGAAUGAGCUCAGAAAAAAAUUUGGAAAAAACUCAGCAGGAAAACCUCUAA